AUGGAAGAUUUCAAUGGAGAGUCAGAAGCUAUCACUUCUUCAAUUUCUGAUGUUGAAAAAGUUCAAGAAAAGCCAGUGAUGAUAAGACGGAAAUCAGGAAAGAAACUGAUUAUUCUGCUAGAUUUCUUCAGAGACCUCUACAUGAAGUCUCUGAAGAAAAUUGGAGCUGUGUUUUCAAAGAAGGAUAAACAAAAGAAAUCUCAAAUAAUUUCUCUCCGAAGGAAUCCCAGUGAUAGCUCUUUGAAUUGGAGUAAAGGAAAUGAAGAAUCUCAAUCUGAACAAGGAAUUGAUAAAUAUCAAUCACUAGUAGGAAUUGCUGUCGAAUGUUCUCUUACUUCUAGGAGGAAACGUGGCAAACUUGGCAGGUUUAAGGUGAAAACCCCAGAGGUUCAAUCAGGUGGAGGUGGAGGUGGGGGUAGGGGUGGGGGUAGGGGCGGAGGUGGUGGUGGGCGUGGGGGUGGUCAAGCUCAAGGGCGAGGUAAAAAGGCAUCCGGUUCCAAGUAA